AAAAAAAAAAACAAAGGAAUUUGAAACAAAAAAAAAAAAAAAAAUUGAUGAGAGACAAGCCGAAAUAAGGCGUGCCUGUUUGAUAACUGAGAAAAAGUUUAUCAGGAGGAAAGAGAAUAUUUUCAGAAGCAAAAGAACAUGCAAAUUCUUAGACCCACAAAACAUAUAAUCAUCGAAAGCAUGGAUGGACAAAAACUGGUAAAGUAGAAACACAGCCCAUGAGCCAUCAGACGCUUUAAUUUUAAAUUUAAAAUUUUUAAAUUUCAUUUAUUUAUUUAUUUUCUUUCUAUUAUUUUUUUAAAGUGGGUGUCUUGUGGGUGGGUUUCCUUUACUUUUACAAAUUAAAGCGGCACUGGUACUAAUAAUUUCUUCCCUGUUACUCUCUGUUCACUGGUUCCCUUGAUGCUUGACACCGGAGCACCCAUUCAAUCAUUUUCGGGGCACUCGUGGGCUUAAAAAAUAUGAGAUAAGCAGAUGGGUUUUUUUGUGGAGCUCUCAGUCUCAGAUUACUCAGUUUUUAGUGAGUUUGUUUUAUUUUAACUGUUUUUGUUUUCAAGUUCUUGAGUUGGGUAUAUAGAAUAUCCUUUGUGUUUUUUUUUCUUUGCUUGUUUGUCAUGUUUUUUUCUUGGAAUUUAUUUUGUGGGCUUUUGUCUGGGUCUUGAUCUGUUAGUUUGGAUAUGGAGGAGACAAGAAGAAUUCUUAUUUUGCUUUUGAAUGCCUUUUGAGGCUUUGCAUAGAAAUUUUUUCUUGCAGUCUCUCUGCAACUGUUUUCUUAUGUAUCUUUCUGCUAUUCUUUCCAGCUUUAGUCUACCUAUUCCACCCCUAGCUUAGAGAGAAUUUGUUGGCUGGGCUGGUAAUUAAUUAUUGUUCCUUUGUGGAAUUCUAUAUAUUUUGGAGAAUGUACUUUCUCAAAAUUUAGGGUUACUGGAAUACAUCUCGAAAGCUCAGCUUGUGACAUUUUAUUUUAUGUUCAUAAGGAAAUAAAGUUGUAUUGGAGUGGAAGCUUCUGCUUUCAAAACAGAACACCAUACUUUUUCCAAAUUUCUGUAUCUUCUGUAAUUUUCGAAGGAAAGAAUUUUUAGUGCAGAAUAUAUCCUUAAAAAGGGUCCACAGAAGUUGUUUUAUGUUGCGUCUUGUUUGAAGAACGCAAGAAGCUCUUGUCAAUCAUGGCUGAAAUUAGGCUUACAAGGGUAGAACAAGGCCAAACCAAGAUUAGAAAUGUCCCAAUUGCUGUAACCCCAGAAGGUUUCUGGUGUUGUCCUUCUCCUGUUGUGUUUCAAAAGACCCUUAAAUCGCAGAACACCCUGAACAAGCCCAAGCCCUCCUCUCCACCACCCAAGACCACUCCCCAAAAGAAACACACCCCAUUAAGUGAGAGAAGGACAACCUUUACUCCAUCAAGAUCAGGAGUUAUUUCCGAUGGUCAACGGCCAUUUCACACUGAGACCACUGAGGUACCUGCUCUUAGUGCACCCGUGGUUACAGAGAGAGCACCAAAACCAAAAGUUGAUGCUUUGCCAAGGAAGGUAGCAAUUGAGUUUGGUGAGCCUGGAACCAGUGAUAUGAAGGUGAUUUUAAUUGGAAGGCAAGGAUUUUGUGUGAAGUUGAGUGUUCAUAAGAAUGUCCUCAUAGAGCAUAGCAGUUUCUUUGCUGAUAAACUAUCUGACGAGCAGUCUAGUUUAUCCUGCCUGGAAAUUGAUGAUUGUGAGGAUGUUGAAAUAUAUGUUGAGACUGUGGGGCUGAUGUAUUGCAAAGAAAUGAAGCAAAGGCUGAUGAAGCAAAGUGUCUCGCGUGUACUCCGCAUUCUCAAGGUUGCAGAACUAUUUGGCUUCAACUCAUGCAUUCACUCAUCUUUAGAAUACCUGGAAGCAGUCCCAUGGGUUGGGGAAGAAGAAGAAGAGAAAGUAAUCUCAUCAAUCCUAAGACUCCAAGGUGAAGGUAUUGGUGUUACCCCGGUAUUGAAGCGUGUCUCUUCAGACAUUGUCAAACCCACUAAAGAUACACUUUCUGAAAUAAUUGAACUUGUUCUUAAAAGCAAUGAGGACAGAAGCCGGCGCGAAAUGAAAUCCGUUGUGCUAAAGCUCCUGAGGGAAAACAAUGGUCUUCCAAGCUAUGCAGGUUCUGUGGACAUCUGCAAUGAAACAAUAUAUGGCUCAUGCAGAAGUUGCUUGAAUUCAUUGUUGUCUCUUUUCAAGCAGGCUGCUGAACCAGAUUUUGCUGAUAAGCCCAUGGACAGUAAAGAUCCUGUGGUGAAGCAAAUAGCUCUACAGUCUGAUAAUCUCUCAUGGUUGCUUGAGAUCUUAGCUGAUAGGCAAGCAGCAGAUGAAUUUGCAGUAUUAUGGGCUAACCAGCAAGAACUAACAGUCCUACAUGCAAAGCUGCCUUUAGUUUCUCGUUACCAUGUCAGCUGUAUUACGGCGAGACUGUUUGUUGGAAUUGGAAGAGGGGAGCUGCUGCCAUCAAAGGAUACCCGUCAAUUGUUGUUGCAGACGUGGUUACAGCCAUUGAUCAAUGACUACAGCUGGUUACAACAUGGGUGUAGAUCAUUUGAUCGGAAGGUUGUGGAAGAAGGAAUCGGUAGGACAAUACUCACUCUGCCUCUAGAGGACCAGCAGAGUAUUUUACUUUCUUGGUUGGGUAACUUUCUGAAGGCUGGUGAUAACUGCCCAAACCUUCAGAGAGCCUUUGAAGUCUGGUGGCGCCGUACUUUUGUUAGACCAUAUGUCGAAGCACAAAGAAACUUGCUCCAGUCAGUGCGUGAGGUUCACUGCAACAUAAAUGAUCAUGAUCAGAGUAAACAAAGUGAAGAGAGUGUGUUGGAUGGAGUAUUUCCUUUUUCUGAGAGCUGACAUGGUAAAGCCAAAAAAAAAAAAAAAAAAAGAAUAUAUUGACCUGGUUUAGGUGAACUUUCUUCAAGUUGGAUGCAAUAUUUCGUGUAAGAAACUGCUUUUGGAUUAACGAAUGUGGAUUGUUUGCUUAAUGUAUAGAGUUUCUUGACAAGUGAGUUUGUUUGCAAUGUACGAAUACCAUUGAUGUGCUUCUUCUUCUCUUUAUUUAAAGUGCUUGUAUCUUCGGCCUGGGCCGGCCCAACUUUAUUUGUGGCCCUAUAUGAGAAGGAAAAAAUGGGCCUUUAAAUUAUAUAUGGUUUUUCUAUAUGAAUAAUAUUUAAGUCAAGAUAUUAACAAUGAUAUUAUUUUA